AUGGCACUUUUCCCCAUCACUGGAGAAAAAUCAGUUUUCUUCUCACCGAUCGUGCUCGGCUCGCGAUCAUUCGUCGCUCAACCAGCGAACCGACCGGACCGUGGAACCGCCGCGCUGCCCUCGAAAGCUUGUCGCCGUACCGCUUCGAACGAUCGGCGUGAUCGAAGCAACGUUGAAGCAAAGUUGUGAGAAGUUCAUGUGCAAAGUGUUUCAAAACGAAAAUAAUUCGCGAAAAGAUUUUUGAAGUGCGUAAGGGUUCGUGUUUUUCACCGUCGUUGAAAUCGUUCCUCUCUCUCGCAGUACAGUAACCGGGUUUCAGAAAAGAUUCAAAAUGAUUGAUGAUGAUGAAGUUUGCUAUCGACCGUUCGCUAAUGUGUUGCUGCCGCUGCUGCUACCACUCGCGUUCGACUUUUCCGGUCGCGAUUGAUUCGGUUCGAUUUGUUGGCGAAUAGAGCGAUAUCGACUCGAUAAAGAAGCAACAAUUGUGUGUUCAUUCUGUGAGCUUGUUGUCGGUGAAGAAGAAAAGAGGAGAAAAAAAAACGACAGACAAAGGAAAACCAAAAAAAGUUUUGCAACAAAUGCGCGUUCCCGAUUGAUGUUAACCUGUUUCUUAUAAUGCUGUGCCGUGUCUGUGUGCUGGGUUAACUGAAACUGGGGUCAGUUUUGGUAGUUCUUUCAACCAACAAAAAAAGAAAAACAAGAGGUGCUUCUUCUUAAAGUGAAGUGCGUGUGUGCUGGUGCUGGUGUUACAACAUAACAAGUUAAAGUGUGUUAAAAAACGAGUUCUAAAGCGCCAAGAUGAGCCUCCAAAAUGUUAAACGGUGCGACCAAGCAACCGUUCCACGGAAAGGUUCGCCGUCGUCGCCGAUAAGCCUGCCAACUCUUCGGCUGUUGCUCUUCGCGACCGGGAUGGUUCUGCUCGCGGUGCAAUUCCCGUUCGCCGAUGGAUAUCGUAUGCAGCGAACCCAAUCGAGUUGCUACUACAAUGGGACCCACUUUAUGGAGGGCUCAAUCGUACCGACGAAAGAACCGUGCCUGAUGUGCAAAUGCACGGAGAAAACGCUGAUCUGCGCGCUGAAAGUGUGCCCGGAACAACCGAUUCCACCACCGAGAGGAUGCAUUUUGGUGCAUAAGGCCGGUUCCUGCUGUCCGUAUCUGCAGUGCUCGAAGCUGAAUUUGGCGGUGAAGAAUAAUGGCGAUCGGAAGAAGCUACACUUUUUGGAUUAUUACGAAAAGGCGGCUCAGGAACGGUUGGAGAAUCCUAACUCGUACCUGAGACGAUCGGAUGACGAAGAGGUUGAGGAUAAUGGAGCUUGUAUCGUGAAUGGAACGGUGUACAAAUCGGGAUCGGCGAUGGUCAGCUCGACGCUCUGCUCUUACUGUUACUGCAUCAACGGACGACAGCAGUGUGUAAAACCGAAAUGCGCUCUGGCCAAUCAAAAAUGCGCUCCAGUGUUUGUCGAUUCUGCCUGCUGUCCAAUCCGUUACGAUUGUACGGGUAAAACUCCUAUCAAAACCGGUGCCACCGAGCUGUCCACCGAAUCGGCGAAUCAUGUCCGGCGGAUCAAUAACAAACACUAUCAACGUAUGUCGGAGCGAAGAGGCUACCGGAGCAAUGGAUGUAUGUCCGGAGGGCACACCUACCCGGACGGGGAGAAGAUGAAGUCGGAAGACCCGUGUGAAGUGUGCUACUGCAUAAGAGGCCAGCGAAAGUGUACGCCGAAGAAGUGUGCACCGGCCAUCAAGGGCUGUACGCCACGAGUACCGCGUGGAGAGUGCUGUGCGGUGCGGUACGAUUGCAAGCACGGUGAACAGAAACCCUUCGGACGCAAAAUGGAGGAUGAGGAAGAAUCGUUUGACUUUUUCUCGAUCCUCUUCGGACCGGACCCGGACGCACCGAAGGAGGAGCCGAAGAAUGCGACCCAGCCCGUUGAAGUGCCCGUCACUGAGGCGAGCUCCAUCAGUACAACGUCGGAGAAAAGUUUUCUCGAUCUGUUGCGUGCCGGGCUUGACUUUAUCGAUGAUGCUGGAGAGGAUGAGCUGCUGCUGAGCACCACUGCCGGGUCGGACGGAAGUACGCUUACCUCGACGGAGGCACCGCCCGAGCUGCAGACGGUAAAGGUGGAGAUCAUUCAGGAACCGCAAGCAAUUUACAUUGAAAAGCCGGACUUUAAUUUCCCGGUACGGAAACCAAUUCCACCUGUUCCGAUUAUGUUUAAACCGUUGCCGAAGAUACCGACUUUGUUGGUGAAUGAACCGGACUUUCAGAAUCUUGAGUCGGAUUCGUUGCUGAAGGAAAAUCCGACAGAGGUGUCGAACUCGUUGUCGGACACGACGCUGAAGAAUCUGCCUACGACGGAUGUUUAUGAGGAGAAGACGGAAACGGUUGAAUUGACUGUUCCAACGACUAGCGCGGAAAGGACAACAACGCCGAAGCCGGUACCGACUGCAACAACGAUGGCUCCUAAUACGGUUAAAACAACGGAGAGAGUUACGACUACUGCUCAGACGAGACCAGCUACUACUACUACUACCACGACGACCACUACAACUACUACUACAGCUGCCCCAACUACUACUACCACUACUACUGCAGCUCCAACUACAACUUCCACUACUACUACAGUCGCUCCAACUACAACUACCACUACUACUACAGCUGCUCCUACUACUACUCCGACUCCACGAACUACUACUACAAAGCGUACAACUACAGAACCUCCAACGACUACGACUAAGAUCCCGACUACUGUUACACCAAGUACUGUCAUUACAUCUCAGGAGGAUUCUUCAGAAGACAUCAGUACAAUUCAACCACCAACCACAGUAACUCCAUUGAAGAAGGAAGCAUUAUCUCCAUCUUCAAGCUCUUCUCUAAAGGCUGAAUCUAUUAAGACCACAGAGAAGAUCUCUACGACUUCCGCUUCGACAUCACCUAAGACAUCUACAGAAACCCUCAAGGUCACAACGACGCCACCACCACCAUCAACGAAACGGCAGGUAGUAUCGGAGAAAAUAGUACAAACAACCCCACAACCGAGCAUCAUCAGCUCAACGCCUGUCGAUGUGGUUAUAAAAAUCGAUCAACUGGUUGACAAACAUACGGUAGAAACCAUCAUAAACUCGCUGAAUGCUAAAAUAGAAAAGGUAACAAAGGUAACGGCUACCGAACCACUAACCACCACCACCACCAUUGCGAUAAAGCGACCGAACAAUAAAUUUGUUGGCUUCGAACCGGAAAAGAUACCGACGACAGUGCUCUCCAAGAUGGCCACCACGACGACGGAAGCGACCGAGUCGACCGCUUUCAUGAACGAUCUUACUACAGCUGUUACGACGGAGGCUGACGUUACUUCAACGAUUGUAACGGAUACGACGACCGUUUUGAGGGAGACUACCGAUCGACUAACGGAGGAGAUCAGCACUAGUACACAGAGGAUGAGCGAGAGUGAGGAGUCGACAAUGAUGACUUCAACUCCCGUUCCUUCUGAAACGUCCACGAUGCAGGAGGAUGAAGCUGCUGAAACAUCCACGGAGGUAACCGAUACGACUGUCAACUCGUACACGGAUACGACACACGAGGCACUGCGAACGGAAGAAUUCGUUGUGGAGAGUAAUGAUACAGUUGCUACCACGGAACCGACCACAUCGAUCGCACCAACCAAACUAACAACUCCGGUCGUGACUCGUCCACCGAACCCGUUGAAGGAGAACAAUCUCUUAUCGGUACUCCUAAGCGGACUCUCGAACAUCUUCGACGCUACGAAGAACGAUUCCGGCAAACAGGGACAGAAAAAUCGCACCGAGUACCGGCCCGUCACACCGAAACCGAUCCCGAUCAGUGGCUUCCACAAGGUGAGCAAUAUUCCUUCGAUUUUGGAAUCGGACAUCGGGAUGGAUUAUGAUGAGCCAACGCUACCGCCCAGCUUACCGAACCUGAAGAUCAUACCGUUCCUGCCGGCAGAUGCGGUGAAGAAGAACGAACCUCCAAAGCCGGCAAAGGUUAUACCGCCGACGUAUACGUACUUCAAGAACCAUCCCAAUAACUAUCCGAUCGUGAACGAUCCUUAUGAAGCGCCGACCAGUUAUGGAAUGAGCAAUGAGCAUGAAAUUCUUCAUCCAGGUUUGACGUACAAAGCACCGGGAAAACCCAUCGCGGAGUACGAAUAUUCGUACGAUCCUGCGAUCAACUACCCGGCUCUGACGGAGAGCUACGAUGUGGAUGCAAAGAACGGGUACUACAAUACGAAGGUUAUACGCGAUAAGUAUGAUACGGUGGAUGAGAUGGACUAUGACUAUGAUACGGACACGAUUCACAAGUACUCGGAGCAUCCACAGAAGCAGGAUCUGUUCAAGAAUGAGCUGAAGAAGUUUAUCCCCACGAAGUACGAGGUACCGCAGGAAGGUACGUAUGUGCCGGUGUACGAUAAGUAUGGGGUUGGAUAUCCGGAGAAGAACGUUUACUACACGAACCAUAAGGAGUUGGCGUACGGUGGAGCGAAGCUGGACAAGCUGCAGGCAAGCACCGAUAAUCCACUGUUCCGCAUCGACGGUACGGAUAUGAGUGGGUUCUCUCCUCCAACAAAAACGGAAGGUGGAUUCGUACCAAAGGAGCCGAUAAAGGAUGAGUUCUAUUAUGAGAGUUACGCUACUACACCGUUCCCGAUCGAGGUGACGGACGAUCAUCAUGCGAAGUUACCAUAUAACGCCACGCCAACCAGUUCCUAUGGAGCCACCCCAUCGAAUCCUUUCAUUGAUGUAAUACGUACGGAACCGGCACCUCCAUUGAUGUCUCUCAUCGAGGACAAGGAGAAGCUCCUAUCGACCCUGCAAUCGAAAAACACCUCCCUGGAGGACAUGCUCGAAGAUCCAAGCGAGGGAUCCGAUGACUUUGAGAAGCAAAUCAUAUCGAUAACGACCGACACCAACUACCUAUCCUCAGUGUCGGAGGAACACGCACCAACACAGCGCACAACACCAUCCAAACCCAACUUUACCGGCUUUGAGCUAAACUUCCCCGUAUCGGUACAUCACUCGGAGGAACCUGUAUCGGAGGCAACAAAACCAGCGACCGGUCACACCACCCCAGAACACGAACCAGAACCGAGUGGAAUGUUUAGUCUGGAGAACAUGCUCAACUAUCUGCUCCGCGAGGAAGAUCCAAUUAAUGAGAACAAGCUGAGGAAUUCUACUGGCGGAGUCACACCGUCUGGAUCGCUUGGUGAUGGAAUUCCACCCUUCAAGACACUACCUUCUCGAUUGACCGCCGUUUACGACCCAACAGUUGGUUUGGAGGCUUCCCUCGGGGAUGUGAAGCCACCCUCGGAUGAGGAGCUACACGAUGGAACAGUAACGCUGAAGGUGGAGAGUGCUAAAAACGACACGAAAACACUGUACCGACCAUCUCUCCUUGAUCUUCCGUUCCUCAAUCCGGGCUUCCACACGAAACCUAUCAACCAGCCUCAGGAAUCAGAUCAGGAGACCCAGAACGAGCUGGAUCGAUACACGGGCUACUCGGGUGGUGCUCCCGAGCAUCGUACCGAUCCGUAUCAGGUGAUUGCCGGUGGUACGCCUGGCGUUAACGUUGACUCGUACGUAGUUAACCCGGUGGACAUUAACAAGCUGAAGCAACAUCACUCCGAAGGUACGGCGGAGAUUACCAUGAAGUCGAAGGUGAAGGAUACGGUGGGCAUUCUGAAGCUGGCCGGAUGCAACAUCUACGGGCGUAUGUACCGAGUUGGACGGAUCAUAUCGGAGCUGUCCGGACCCUGUCUGGAGUGUAAAUGUACCGAGGUUGGGGUGCACUGUACGCCUCUGGAUUGUCGGAGGCGGCGGUAAGCAUGCUUCGCUAUGGUCGAUCGUCGGGCGUAGGCUUAGGGAAUGUAUGUGUGCACGGGUGUUCAUAGGUACGGCUAAUGUGUAAGUGUAUAGGAGUGUACGAGGGUACGUAUGAGUGCGUCCAAGGUGUGAACGGGAACCAACGGUUGAAUGCGUUACAGAGUGACCGAGAGUUACUGUGAUUUUCGUGAUAUUAAUCUAUAGUUGUAAGCCAGUCCAUACUGAUAUGAUGCGCUGUCCGAGUUGGACGGCGGUAGACGUAAACCAUAUCACGUGUGGAGUGGAUGUAGUAGCAUUAGAACAAUCGAGCAGACAACUGCAGGUUAAAGGGCUGAGCUUGUAAUCCAUUUCCAAUUUCGCAACACUAGAGUCCUUCUCGAGCACGAUACCGGUCGGUGGUAUGCAGGGGCCAGGGAAGGCUUACAUUUUAAGCCGCGCCAACGGAAGUGUUAUUCGAUUCCCGGAAGUCGCGCCGCACGCGAUCUCUGUCUUGGAUAUCUCUUCCGGAGGAGGUUUUUUUUUUUUACAGGAUACAGGUAUUUUAGGUCACACACAUAUCACUAAGUGGUUUGUCUUACUGUCGUACUUUGCAAGCAUACUCCGGGAUUCGGAUGUAAAUCGAAUAAACACACAGCUAGCGUCGUAUAAAUAU